ACUGUGCUGUGGGACGUCUCAGAGAAGAGCAAGACCAGGCCCUUACCUCCAGGAAGCUUGUCUAGCUGGGAAGAUGAGACAGAUACCCGUGAAAUAGGCGAUGAUUUUACGAGAUUGGCUGAUGACUAAGCUUUCACUAUUGUUCUCCACUCUCUGACAUGAUGGGACCAGGCAGACCAGCUUCAACCUGUGUUCACCUAGCAUCUAGUGUCCAACUGGAUGGGAGGAGUGACCCCAGGAAGCUUCAGACCCAGAACCAGCUGCAGUUUAAUAGGAGUGUGCCUACGCAUUCAAGCAACUUGGCAAUCCGAUACUCUUGCCCACAUGCAAUUAGGAUUGAAAAACUGAAGCACUCAUACAAUGAGUCCUACUGUUGUAGAGAUCUGGGUCUUAGAGACGGUCCUGACCUAGGCAGUUCUGUUUCAUUUUCGGUCAUCUCAGAAGAGAGACUUAGCUAUGCUGUCCACCUGGCCAAAAGAGAUGUAAAGCGAAGACAACUUGAAGAACAUAUAAAAGAACAUCAUCUCAGGAGUCAGCCCCAAAUCUUUCAGAAAUGUGGACACUCUAAGCAUAAAAUAUCUGACCAUAGGGUGGAAAGGAAGGAAUCAAAGAGUCGGGAAGUCUGUCAUGGCAGCCACCAGCCGUCCAAAGUAGAGAUUUCCAGCUCGGGUGCCAGGGUAUACCUGUACCCAUCUCAUCCAGGGCAGUCGGAUCUCGCUAUGCCAAAUUCGCCACCCACUCGCGACCCAGGACUUCAGCCACACACCAGGAUAGGUGACCACAAAAGCCUGUGUGACCACAAAAGCCUGCUGGAAGUUCAACGACUCCAGAAAGAACUGAGCAAUUGUAUCCAUAAAAUUGAAGAAUUAACUAAAAAGGAUCAAAUGGAAGAAGCUUUGGAUCCAGAUGAAGAGCGGAGGAUCCGUGUCAGGAGGCAGGAGCAGGCCAUCCGUUCUGCCCGGAUGCUCUACGUCCUCCAGCAGCAGGUUAAAGAAAUCCAGGAAGAAUUGGAUAAAUUGAGUCCACAUAAAAUUAAACACACAAAGAAGUCAUGGGCAGUGUCCAGGCUGGCAGCUGCCCAUCGAGGAGCCAUUCGGGCCUUACAGAUGUUUGUUACUCAGUUUACUGACCGGGGGGAGCACCCAGUUCCCACUCGGUGCAAGGAACUGGGCAGUCUCAUCCGCCAGCUUUCACUCUGUUCUGCCAAGCUGGAGGCCGAUUCUUCUGUCCCUGACGUGGUGAUAGAUAUCCUGCAACAAAUUGAGGCUUUGGAAUCCCUCCUGGAAAAGAAACUGUCACCAAAAAAGGCAAAGAAAUGUUUUAGUGAAAUUCAGAGCAGAUUUCCUGUUGGUAGCCAAAGGGCCUUAGAGAGAUGGCGAAAUACAUCACCAAAGAGUGAGAGGAGGCCCUUUGUAGCAAAGGAGAUAUUUCCACAGGAAACAGGAGGACCUUCAGUGGCAAAGAAGCUUCUUGCUGAUAAGUAUCAACCUGAUAGAGAGCCUCCAACGACCCAGAGGUUGGAAAACGAGCUUGAUAUAUUAGAUGCGGAUAUCCUUCCGGAAGAAGCUCCAUCUAUUCUAGACCAAAAUGCGAACUUCAAAGAAGAGGCAUUAGCCCUGGCAAAAACAAGAGCAGGGAAAAAGAAGCUUGUGACUGAGAAUGUGCCACCGUUUAGGAAGAAAGAUGCUCUGGCACCAGCAAGACUACAGCAAGGACUCCACAAAGCUGAAAAAAGUAGACCAACCCAAUCUUACAGCAAAAGCAGGUUGCAACGGACAACAGUCUCCUCCAGAUUGAAAAUGAACCAACAGCCUAUGAAAGACCAUAGGGCUCCUUGGAUACCUCCAAACCCCACAUCCCCACCAGCAUCUCCUAAAUGCGCUGCCUGGCUCAGGGUGAAAUCUAGCCCCAAAGAUGCCGCAAAAGAACAGUCUCUCCCCCAGGAAGAUACUAAAGAGGAAAGCCGGCUGAGCGGUGCUGUUGAGCAUGAAGCAGUGAGACUCGCUUGGCUUGAUGCUGAAACUUCCAAAAGAUUGAAGGAAUUAGAAGAAUUAAAAGCCGAGGAAAUGGAAAAAAUGCAAAAACAGAGUGUUUCUGCCACCCAAUUAGCAGACAAAGUAGAGAAGACUGUUCUGGAGCGUUUGAAGCCUCUCCUGGUCAAGGCCCAGAGAGUCAGUUCUUCCCUGGAAGCAGAUGCUCACCUGCAGGAUCGGCCGUCAGGGAUCUCAGCGACAGCCCAGCCUGCGGAGGAGGCCACAGCUAUUGAUUGUGAAUCCAGUAACAUUCAUCAGCUGGAUGAUGUUUUGGAAAAUACUGCUCACAAGCUCUGGGCUGUGACUCACUCUAAGAUCUUGGAGUCUGACGCCUUAGCCGCCUUGGGGGACAGCAAGGACAGCCCAUGUCUGGAGACCAUGAUGCUCCGGAUGGAGGAGAUGGAGAAAUAUCAGGAGACAGUUCGCCAAAGAUACAAUAAAAUUGUAUAUACUGAUCCUCAUCUUUGGAUGCAGGAAGAAAAAAAUGACCAAAAAAUCCCAGCAGUGAGUGAAAGGCCUCUUUCUCCUCAUCCAAUCAGGAUCACAAAGACAGCAGCUCACAAAGACCCACAUGUGAACAUCAUGUUAGAAAGGCCCUGCAAUGGCACUUCCCUGGAUGAAAGUGUGGGAACAGAGGAGAGAGGGGAGGAAAGAGAGGCUCCCCUUCCCUCCCUUUCAGAAGACGCUCAGCAGAAGGAGGGCCGCACUGCCCUCCGCGUCCCGCCGGCCAUGCGGCACAGCAUCGGUGACUACUGCCGCCGCUUCGAGCAGUACCUCCGGGUGAUCGCACACGAGGCCGUGGACUCCUUCAACCCGUGGCUGAUAGCUGAAAGCUUUUCGGAAGAGCUGGUAGAUGAAGCUCUAGGGGCCGUGGCUGCUGAACUUCAGGAUAUGUGUGAAGAUUAUGCAGAAGCCGUGUUCACCUCAGAAUUCUUGGAGGCGGCUACAUAAAGGCUGUCCAAGGCGGGGCCCCUCGUGUCACCCUGGCGAAGGGACGGCACCACCCUUUGUUUUAGCCACAGGAAAUCUUCAUCCUCAGCUGUCCAUCCAGGCCCAGAAGGUGCUGCCCACUGGAAGGAAGGAGGUGCCUGUGAGGCCAUCCUCACUUUGCAUCUUCUCGUUGUCAGAGCAAUGGUUCUGGUAGUUUAUGAUGGAAUGUGUUAUAAACGUGAAUCAAUUAUGACAGUAUAAUAUUUUCUGAAUGUAUAAUUUUCCCAUUGAAAUACCGUGUUCAUUCCACCGGCUCAGUUUGGUGAUCAGAAUGUUUUGAAAGGUAAUAGAUAAGUCUGUUUCACACAGGGAUUCAAGUUGCUGUGGACCUGUGGGUGGCCACGAUGCUAGCACAAGUGCGGUUACUCUCUGGUCCCAUCACCUGGCUUGUGUUUGCUUCUUUGACAGUUUCCUACCAGGACACCUGUCCUGCUGGGUUACAGACUUGUGUUGAGCACAGGACUUAGUUCUGUGCCUAUAUUCAAAGCUGCCAAAACUCUGCUCUGUUAUUAAAAUAGGAAGCUAGCAGUUAUCUGCGUACAACAAUAGACACACAUUUCUCUAAUUCUCAGUUGCUAGGUGCUUCUUCACAUUUUUAGUUCCUCAAGUCUUUUGUUGCUGAGGGUUGACAUAUUCUGAUAUACAAAACUCUGAACUCAGAGGAAGUUUGAGGACAUCAGGAGAGGGCGGCCUUCUCUGGGGCCUGGUCAGAGGUGCAGAGCUUACUCCCCUCUCUGCUGAGGUCACAAGUUUCUGUGUUUUCACACCAAAGGAGCCUGUGUGGGAAGAGAAAACAGAUCUGGAUGGUGGGAAGACCACGGGGUCUCCCCCAAGAAAGGAAGAAACUUAAGAACCACAAUAGUUUGGUCCUUGAAUAUCUUACAGGUCAUACUUUACCAAGAGAAAAGCCUCUGUGUUUUCAGAAACUCUGAAUUUAGAAAAAGAAAAGGAAUGUGUAUAAAAUAAGGCCACUGCCUGGAAAAAGUUCCCGUCACUUUUUUGCCUGAGGCUUGGUGAAAGAAAUGUGGAGAACGAGUGACGUGAGAUAUACCCCACGGAAUAAUGUGAAUCUUUUUAUAGCACAUACAGUGUUGUCAUCUGGGAUUUUUCUCUGACGUACAAGUAUUUCAAAUGAUAAUUUAAGCUGUUUGAUCACAGUUAUUUGUGCAAAAUCGAUUUUUGUUUAAUGUUAAUGUUUUCCUGCUUAAUUUUAUAUAACCUCAGAAUGUAAAAGGCUUCAAGGGAAAUUAAAGGUCUUCAAUCUGAGGAGUUACAUUUGUACACUUGAAUUGAUAGGAGUGUCUGUCAUUGAUCAUUUGUGUGGCAGUUUUUAUUGUGCUGAUUUUUUAA